GUGCUCUCCCUCAAUGAUGUCAUGCACCGGAAGAUUCAGUCGUGCUCUCCCUCAAUGAUGUCAUCCACCGGAAGAUGGCCUCCACUCAUCUCGAUCUUGAUGAUGUGAGCAACGAGAUGAGACAGCAUCAUUGGCCACUGCGCCAUCGCAAAAAGGACAGCAGCGGGUUUGACAGGCAUGAAGGAUAUCUAUUGGGUUUGGACAGUUAACCUAACUAAUGAUAGCUUUGGCUCAGCCCCACCACGCCACAAUACUUUUUACCAACGUUGUGGCUCUCACAAUUUUAAAAACUUCUGUCCACCACAGAAAGCUACGACAAUAAGUUCAACAAUCCACCAAAACCAAAAUGCAACGAUCCGUUUUGCUUUCCGAACUCCGUGCUAAAGUCACGGGAGCAUCAGUGGACUAUGUGGGGUCUAUAACCAUCCACGAAGAAUUCUGCGAUGCUUUGGGGUUGCUGGAACGUCAAAUGGUCCACAUUCGCAAUGAACGAACAGGGGUUGACCUAUGGACGUAUGUGAUUCGGGGUGACAACACCCCUGCCGGCACUGUUUGCUUGAAUGGUGCUGCGGCUCAUUUGGUCCAAGUCGGAGAUGUGGUUUCCAUCACAGCUCAUGGGUUGGCAACAACAAUGACUGAAGCAAGCGACAAUCCACGACAAUGGGACGCGGUCCGAAAUGGAGUGACCCAAGUGGUGCAACGCAUGGGAAAACCGUCCGUUACGUGGGCCGACAAUGUAAUGCUGGAAUACGCCCGUGGCAAAGUCCAUCGUCCACGUGUCACAGAAGUAGUGUCGGGAGAGGAAAACAAUGUGAUCUUUCCCGGUUUGAUUUUGGAUUCCGGCGUUGGGCACAAUGAUUGGCGGUCUAUGGUGUCAAUGGCGAAUCUGUGCACGUGGAAUCAACUCGUAUCUCUAAUGGUACAUACGCUGGCAUUCUGGGAGGCGGAGUCUCACGCCAUGCUCCAAACAGGACCAGUCUCAUCAGCUAGUGUCUAG